CGCGCCGGCCGCCGCAAGUUGGGGGCGAUGGCGAAGCUCCGGGUGGCUUACGAGUACACGGAAGCCGAGGACAAGAGCAUCCGGCUCGGCUUGUUCCUCAUCAUCUCCGGCGUCGUGUCGCUCUUCAUCUUCGGCUUCUGCUGGCUCAGUCCCGCGCUGCAGGAUCUGCAAGCCACGGCGGCUAACUGCACGGUGCUGUCGGUGCAGCAGAUCGGAGAGCUGUUCGAGUGCACCUUCACCUGUGGCACCGACUGCAGGGGCACCUCGCAGUACCCCUGCGUCCAGGUCUACGUGAACAACUCCGAGUCCAACUCCAGGGCGCUGCUGCACAGCGACGAGCACCAGCUGCUAACCAACCCCAAGUGCUCCUAUAUCCCUCCCUGUAAGAGAGAAAAUCAGAAGAAUCUGGAAAGUGUCAUGAAUUGGCAACAGUAUUGGAAAGAUGAAAUUGGUUCCCAACCAUUUACUUGCUAUUUUAAUCAACAUCAAAGACCAGAGGACGUGCUCCUGCAUCGCACGCAUAAUGAGAUUGUCCUCCUGCACUGCUUCCUCUGGCCACUGGUGACAUUUGUGGUGGGUGUCCUCAUUGUGGUCCUGACCAUCUGUGCCAAGAGCUUGGCAAUCAAAGCAGAAGCCAUGAAGAAGCGCAAGUUCUCCUAAUGGAGAGUAGGCUUACGGGAAGCCAAGCACAGAGGCUGCUCGACGGCCCUCGCCCACCUGCGGCCUGCGUUCCGUGGUGCAGGAGAUGGAAGGGGACAGGUCUCCAAGAGGCUCUUGCCUCAGUGGCGGCAGAAGCAGGCACAGCCAGAAGACUUGGAACCUCAUCAUUCGUAUUCCACGUGCCAUAGCAAUGGCUGAAGGGUCAGGCUUUUAGCCACAUGGAGUCACCGUUCAGGAAACCCUCCAAGAAAUUGCUUUUCUUUGGAAAGUAACAGUGUAUUAUCUGUAUAGUGUAGUAUAUAAAACAUUAUGAUUUAUGCUACGUAAAAUAUUAAAAUACAGUGGUCUGUGUUCUUUUCUAUUUCCUUUUUUAUGCUUCGAAUACUAAGAUAUUGAAAAAGGAUCUUCUGGUUUUCACUUGACUUGCUAGACUAAACUUACUUGACUGUAAGGAUUCCUGCAGAGUUUUUGACCUUAUUGUAUAGUCUUCAGUUUCCACAAUUAAACAGUAUCUUAACUCUUGCCUGAAGAAAAGAAUUCUACAGUUGUAACUGGGUCUCCAGCCACUUCAGUGUCUUUUUCCCUCAAAGGUUGAGAGCAUAUAUCUCCCACUGCCUUUUCCCAGCCAUUAUUUUUUGACCAGAUGUCUUCUUUAGAGAGGGGCACAAUUUUAAGAAUGUCCUAGCUCUGAGAACACAGGGCUCUUCCUCAUUGUUUGUGUUACUUAUGCAGCGCUGGGGACCCAACCCAGGGCCUUGCAUAUGCCGGACAAGCUCUGUACCACCGCACCAUAUGCCCAGCCUCUAUGUUGCUUUUGGUGGAUUUCAUCUCAGUGCAAGAGAAUAUAUGUGAUAUGAAGGACACUCUUUAGUUUAUAGUUUUCAUGCUGUUUCCAUUCCUUCUUUUAGGUCAGGAAACAAAUUCAGUGCGCAUAUUUUGUUUUUACUUCCUUGUAUGAAAGCAGGAUGGCUGCUGCCAUCAUUGAGCUUGAUAACACAGACCUGGAGAUACAGCCUGGUUCUCCCUACCACCACUGCUGCCAAACUUUCUGUGCCUUUAAAAGUGCAUCAAAGAGACCAUCAUCUUUGCCUCUGCUCAUAGAUGCAGAUUCCACAUGCCAAGCCCAGGUCUCAGGGAGUCUCAGGCCUGCCUUGUGUUCCACCCAGAGCCAAGCCUUUGUACUGAUGUUCAGUGAGAAGUACCUUUGGUGGGGGCGGGGAUCACCUAUGACAGAAUACUUCAUUUUGCUUUCUUUUUAGACUCUGCAGAUGUGCAAUUUAAGGACAAGUUCCUCUUAGUUACCCCCAUGGGGCUUUAAGAAAGAUCUAUGUAAGUGGAAUGAUGACUUCCUGAUUUUAAAUGCACGCACUUAUGCUCUUUUAUGUUUUUUAAUUGUGAUCUUUUCUUUUUAGAAAAUAUUUUGAGAGAGAUGAGAAAGAGAGAAUGGGCACACGAGGGCCUCCUGCAAUUGCAAAUGAACUCCAGAUGCAUGUGCCACUUUGAGCAUCUGGCUUUAUAUGGGUCUUGGGGAAUCAAAUGUAGGCUGUCAGACUUUGUAAGCAAGUGCCCAAUUUCUGAGUCAUCUCUUCAGUCCGCUGAUGUUGCUUUCAUGUUAGGAUAGAAGUCAUCAAGAGCCCCAAGCCCUCUGGAAGAAUGUUGGUGGAAUCUAAUCAUUUUUCUUAAUUCAAGUGUUACAGGUCUCACUGUGAAAAAGGCCUUGAACACACUAUUUAUGACAUCCUUUUAGGUGGCUACAGUGCCUUGACUUUAAUCCCAGUUUUCAGUUGCAGUAUCUCUGUUGUCUUAGCAACACAGUGACUAUUCUAAAGCACAGAGCAACAGGAAUCAGGGAAUCAGAGAAAAUCAUCAUCACUGGGAGGGAAAGGAAGUCUGCUUCAUUUAUCUUCAUCUAAUUAUCUGUGAUUAAUCUAUUACAAAAAAAUCAAUAAAACUUAACGGCCCAUGGACAUAUGUCUGUGCUAGAAUGAAAGGAAGUCAGUAUGUAUUUACCUGAGUUUUCAUUUAUCAAUUUAAUACACAUAACUUAUAUUAGCUAAAUGCUUUAGACCCAAAGCAAAAAGAGAAGCACACCAAAUCUGUGAGGUCGCAGGUGGUUGUAGGGCCUGGGUUGCUUACAUGUAGUAAAAUUUGAGCUUUCUUAUUUAUACUUGUUAAAACCCAACGGAUCAGGGAGAGGACUUUUUUUUUUUUUUUUCUAAAUGGAGUAAGCUGCUAUAACACAAACCCAAAAUAGGAAGGUUUAUAUAAGAUGUGAGUUUAUUUCUUCUAUAACAAUCUAGAGCUUGAUAAAUUGAGAGCAGAUGGGCCUCCUCGGUUUCAGAAGGUCAACAAGGGAUCCAGGAUUCAACUUGUUUAUUUCAUUGCCAUGGUCAGUGUCUCAGACCAGUACUUGUACUUGAUAGCUUGAAAAAGAAAAGAUAUUGGGAGCAAGCUAUGUCCUUUAAGGAAGUUUCACCCAUCCCACCUACACAUGGUACAUUCUACCAAUGCUUCCUACAUAGCCCUCCCGAGCUCUGAGGCAGGUUUGGAUAUGGUACCUGCAGCUAGCGCAUGCCCCGCUAAAACUUCAGAGGGAGAAAGAAUACUAGACAGUAAGAGCCAACAAAGGUGGAGAGCAGUUAGUGAGUGGCCUGCACCAUGAUGACCCUGCUGAGCAGGCAUGGCCUGGCACAAGAAAGCGACCCCCGCCCCCCCCACCCCAGACUUCAGGAGUUCAUCUUGGCGGCAUCUAGUUUGAACUCUAGGAAAUUAUUGCUAAUCAACCCCUAUGGCCACAUCUGACAACCUGAAGGGCAUUCCAGCUUUUCAGCUUCCUGCCCACUAAUAAAGCUUUGCAGACUAGGUUGCCUUAGGGAUUGAAUAGGUGCAGGCUGUUCAAGAUCAGACUUACAGUUCACUUGACUACAACAAAGAUACCAGCUCCCCUUUUGCCAUGUGAUUGCUGACCGCUGUCAUGCUUCAUCGUUACCCUCGGCCCCAGGCUCCACAUCUCUGCUGUAGCUCUUUGGCCCGAGCAGGAAGUUGAGAUCACACACACACACACACACACACACACACACACACACACACACACACACCCUGGCCUGCUCGUGACAACCAUCACCCUAAGAACAGUAAGAGCUAAGCUAGUCAAACCGUUUCUAGUCUCCCUGGAAAGUCUCGAUAAUGUUAAUAAUAAAACUUUUCAUGCCGUCUU